UGGACUGGCGGUGACAACUGCGAAAAAGUCCCUACGCUUUUGAGAUAUGAGAUCUCCGCCGAAAACACCCCUCGACCCAAGGGGUCACGCAAGAGACGUGCUGGCAGUGAUGAAAGCACCCUCUUCGUCAGCCAGGUGGUCACCGAAGUGGUCGAGUGGGGAUUCGAAGUCGAUCAAGACAAGGAGCACAUCCAGUUUGUCAAGCUUCUACUCGACCCAAGCCAGCAACUCCCGGAGUACGUCUCUCGCAGAGAACUUGAGGCCCGACUCAGAAGGGCCCAUAAGACCGCAGUGCAGGCAGCGGCAGACUACCUUGCCAAUUUCAAGCAGCACGUCUUGGAGCAGAUCCAGGAUCGCUUUGGCGAGGACAUGUGUUCUUCCACCAAGAUCGAGUACGUCCUCACAGUCCCAGCUGUAUGGUCAGACGCGGCCAAGGACGCCACCUUGAAGGCCGCAGAGUUGGCAGGUAUGAACGAGGACGAUAACUUGUCCAUGAUCACCGAGCCCGAAGCUGCCGCCCUGUGUGCUCUCAAGACUGUGGCAGGUGUCAAUACUCGUGAGGAUGAUGUAUGGAUCGUUUGCGAUGCCGGAGGAGUCGCAGCAGUGUACCAUUAUUUGUACGAGAAACAUACUGACUAUAUCCUGUAUCUUNNAGGCACUGUGGAUCUGAUCUCCUACGAGAUCAAGUCACUCUCGCCGUUUCUGAUCGAAGAGGCCGUCUCGGGAGAUGGCAACGUUUGCGGCAGCGGUCUGCUCAACAUGCGCUUCCAGGACUGGGUCAAGAAAAGAAUGGGUGCCAGAGCCCUCGAGAAAUACAUCGAGAGGAACGAGCGCGGCUGGGCACAGUGUCUGAAGCAUUUCGAAGACCGCACCAAGAGGGACUUUGAUCCCUCGAAGUUUCCCAACAAGAUCUAUCCCAUUCCACUCUGGAACGCCCCUGAUGAUCCCGACGCCGACAUCGAGGACAACAACAUCAACUUGUCUACCGUUGACCUGACUGGGAUCUUUAGUUCCAUCAUUGAUGCUGCUUUGAAGCUUAUUCGUGGCCAGUACGAAGCCUUGCUCCAGAGAGACAAGUAUCCCAGGGGAUUGGUCGUUUGCGGUAGAUUCGCGCGAUCAAAACAUUUGAUGCAGAGUAUCAAAAACGACUUCUCGGAAGUCGAUGGUUUCGAAGUCAUCAGACCCGGUCACUCCUGGUCAGCUGUUGCAGUGGGCGCUGUCAUCCAUCGCCUCGAAGGCGCAUCGAUCGUCAAGAGUCGUAUUGCCAGAAGUCACUAUGGUGUUCUCACGCGUACUUACUGGAAGCAGGGUACGCACAGCGAAGAAUCCAAGGUCUGGGAUACCAACGAGGAGACCUGGUACGCCGAUGACAUUGUCCAGUGGUAUGUGAAGAAGGGCCAGCCCAUGGUAUCUGGAAACUACAUUCCUAUGCCUUUCUUCAUUACCAAUCAGGAACCCACUGUGAGCGAGAUCGUCACCAUGGUCAUCAGUGAUGAGGACGACGCACCUCUCGAGUUCAGUUUCACAGAGAAGACCCGCAGACUUUGUGUCAUCACUGCCGAUCUGAGUGACGUACCUAGCAAGUUCUGGAAGGCAGGCAAGGUCGGCACGAAGAAGAAGUACGUGUACCUCCAGCACAGUGUGGGCUUCACUUUUGGCCCAGGCGGACUGCUUUUCGAUGCCAGAGUCAACAACAAGGUCGUUGGAGAAGCUAGAGCCGACUACGAGCAGUAA